ACGUGUCGCGCGCACGCACGGUUUGGCGGGACAUUUGUAAUCACCGGGGGUCGCUGCUCCGGCGUCCGCGGGUCAGGUUUUUCUCUUGCUGUCGGAGUAUCAUGGCUAUGCAAGCUCAGUAUGAAGCAACCGCAGAAGAAGAAUCUUUUGGACCUCAAGCGAUAGCUCGUCUUGAGCAAUGUGGAAUUAAUGCAAACGACGUGAAGAAACUGGAGGAGGCUGGGUUCCACACAGUGGAGGCGGUCGCUUAUGCUCCGAAGAAAGAACUGAUUAAUAUUAAGGGGAUAAGUGAGGCCAAAGCAGACAAAAUCCUGGCAGAGGCGGCUAAGCUUGUCCCUAUGGGGUUUACUACGGCGACGGAGUUCCAUCAGAGGCGUUCUGAGAUCAUACAGGUUUCCACAGGCUCCAAAGAACUGGACAAGUUACUGCAAGGGGGUAUCGAAACAGGAUCGAUUACCGAAAUGUUUGGCGAGUUUCGCACCGGGAAGACGCAGCUAUGUCACACUCUAGCAGUCACCUGUCAGCUUCCCAUUGAUAGGGGUGGUGGUGAAGGGAAAGCUAUGUACAUAGAUACAGAGGGCACCUUCAGACCAGAAAGGCUACUAGCCGUUGCUGAAAGGUAUGGACUAUCGGGCAGUGAUGUUCUGGACAAUGUAGCUUAUGCACGUGCCUUCAACACGGAUCACCAGACUCAGCUUCUGUACCAGGCUUCAGCCAUGAUGGCAGAAUCUAGGUAUGCGCUUCUCAUCGUGGACAGUGCUACCGCUCUAUACAGAACUGAUUACUCGGGCAGAGGGGAACUGUCUGCACGGCAGAUGCACUUGGCUCGUUUCCUGAGGAUGUUGCUGAGGCUGGCUGACGAGUUUGGUGUGGCCGUAGUGAUUACCAACCAGGUAGUAGCCCAAGUGGAUGGAGCAGCCAUGUUCGCUGCUGAUCCUAAAAAACCGAUUGGAGGAAACAUCAUAGCUCACGCAUCCACAACCAGAUUGUACUUACGAAAGGGUAGAGGAGAAACGCGUAUCUGCAAGAUCUACGACUCUCCUUGUUUGCCAGAGGCCGAGGCCAUGUUUGCAAUUAAUGCUGAUGGGGUCGGUGAUGCCAAGGACUAAACGCGAUCCUACCAAGGAGGUGGACUGAUAAAGGCCAUAUUAACCUUGAUGGUAGAUGAUACCAAGUUUAGAAAUGGAACACCAAGAUCCCUGGACUUCUGAAGAUUGCAUUCAGUGAGCUGAGAUCUACUGUGAACACAGGAGACCCUAAGAGGACCUUCACAAUGGUCCUGACUGCCUUAACGUGCAUUAAGGUCAAAUUGUCAUUAAACUUUACUGAACAUGUAUGUAUAAAAACGAGUCUGUCAGCAGCUUUCACCGUACAAAACUGCUGACAGCCCUACAUUACAUUUUGGGGAAUGCAGGAUAGGCAUAGUUUUUGCAGAGCUUUUAUUAUCGGGAGUAAUGUAAACAUUUAUUCUGUCUGUUUCUGCUCCUGCAGGUGUCCACCAGGUGGAGCUACACUGUGAUGUGCUCGGCUCUGAGCUGCUUUAUAUCCCCACCCCACUGCUUUCAGCUGUAGGAUCCAAUGUGGAGACGAGGAGAAGGGGCUUUGAAACCGCUCAAUGCAGAGACCAUGUCACACUGAAGCUCCGCCCACUGGGCACUUGCAGGGCCAGAAUCUGGCAGAAUAAAACUUAAUAUCCACACUAAUCCUGAUAAUAAAAGUUCCACAAAAGUUAGGCUUGUCCUGCUCUCCCUGUCCCCUGCCUAGCACUGUCAGCAGGUUUACAUGGUGAAACCUGCUGACAGACUCCCUUUUAUGUGCAAAUAAAAUACAUUGUGAUCCGAUACAGUGCAGUCAGUGGUACUCCCAAGGAUUGUAAAAUAAAUGUACAUGUGUUUUAUUUUGUAGAACUUGUAUAGAUGUGGAGUUGUUGGGUGUGUAUACUUGUAUAUAUUGAAAUAUGAUUGGAAAA